GACGAGGCUGUUUCGUUUCAUUCGCUCGGAUACCUUCCGCGGCGACGAGUGUGUGAGCGGUGCGCGCGUGAACUCGUGUUCGUGAACGAAAUAUUUUCUUUAUCUAAACCCAGUGUUUCGUAACCGCUAAAGGGUAAACAAAAAAGUGAGUUCUUGUGUUGGUCCCAAAACCAUAUACGCAGUUUAUGUGAUGUGACGGUAAUAAAUUAUGACAAGUGUAUUGAAGAAAUCAAGAGGCACAAAAGGAAAAUCAGAAUCCAUGCAAGAAGAUCUGCCUUCGAGAUGGGGGGACAUCUCCCGCGGGCAGAAGCCGGAGGAUGUGACGAAACUUAUCAAAUUUAUUGAUGACAAUGUGAUCGGAAAAGGGAAUUCGUUCUGCGGGCCAUAUGGAAGGAGAAAAGUGGUAUACUGCGACUACAACGGGUCGGGUCGGGCCCUGCAGUGGCUCGAGGAGUACGUGGUCAGGGAUGUGCUGCCCACCCAUGCUACGAGGUGCACGGCACUCUCAUACACUUCCGGACAGAGCGAAAUAUACAGGGCAGAAUCAAAGGAGGUGAUCCGGGGCGCGGUGGGGGCGUGCCCUGAAGAUGUGGUGAUACUGGGGGGCUCCCUGCCACGCGUGCUGCGCGCGUUGCGCCCGCGCCGGGUGGCGUUGUUCGUCAGCUCGCGAGAGACCGAACGGCAGCUUGCGCCUUGGAGGGAGUGCGGGGCUGAGAUAAUCAAAAUCCCGGAAUCGAAAGAAGGGUUUAUUGACCUGAACAACCUGGAACACAGACUGCAGGAAAACUCAGGAACCGGGAAGAGGAUGAUCGGCUUCUUCCCAGCUGCUUCUAAACUAACAGGAGUCCUUGCAGAUGACGUAGCCACGACGUUACUACUCCACCAAUACGGAGCUUGGUCUUUCUGGGACUACACAUUAGUAGCCCCAUCUUGCAUAGUAGACAUGAACCCCACCUUCCCCGGCGUUGAAGAAGUGAUGGUGAAGAAAGAUGCGCUGUUCUUCAACUGUGAGAAAUUUGUCGGAGGCCUCCAGGGGCCUUUUGUAGCGGUGGUCAAACAAGACGUGUUCAAGAAUACUCCUAUUUAUUCAGAGGAUGUUGAGGUACUGAGUGAGAGAAUCGAGGAGUGGACGACGACUGAGGCGGUGCGAGCGGCCAUGACCAUCCAGCUGCGGGAUGCUGUGGGCCUGCAGAACAUCGCCGAGAGACAGGAUAAUAUCACCAGACAAGUCCUAUCGCAUAUCAAGAACAUUCCAGAGCUGAUUCUGCUCGGAAACGAAUCCCCAACAGUUCGAAGACUGCCUAUCUUCUCCUUGAUGGUGAAGCAUCCUCGAGGCACCUUCCUGCACCACAACUUCGUCUGCGCAGUCCUCAACGAUGUUUUCGGCAUCCAAGCCAGAGGUGGACUGAACAGCAACAUGAACUACGGAGCCGAUAUCCUUGGAAUUGAUGACAAACUGCUCAAGGAAUAUGAAAAGCUUUUGGAUGUUGAAGCACAAAGAGAACUCGCGAGGAUGCGCAAACUUAGUGACGCAAAAUCCCCUGACGUGCCAAUUUACAACGAGCACCUCCGACCAGGCUUCUGUCGUGUCUCGCUACCCUUCUUCAUGUCCGAAAACGAACUGGCCUUCGUUUUAGAAGCUCUCAAAAUGGUUGCUACAGAAGGCUGGAAAAUCUUGCCCCAAUACGUAGUAAACCCUCAGACAGGACAAUGGAGGCACCAUACAUGCUCAAUAUUGAGGGAUAAGAAGUCACUGUUUUCUAUGAGAUUCAAUGAAGGCAAGAUUACAUCCCACGAGAGAAGGAUUUCAGGUCCAGGAAUAUUUCCCCAAACUUACACCGAAUGUCUACAAACUGCACGAAAUCUAUUCAGCAGAGCACGAAAACUGGCAAUGAAAUGCUCAAUUGCAGAGCCUGAAGUGGGAUUCAAUCCCCGCAUUGACUACCUGAGAUGGUUUAUGCUGCCUAAAGAAGCUCAUGAGCUUCUCCUAGGACGAUCAGCAAAUGUCAAGCACAUUGUGCCAUUCCACCCGUCAGGAUAUACAGGAGCUAGAAAAAGCUUACAUUUCUCGAGAAGUGGUGUUACUUGCUCGCCUACAUUAGGCGCGUCCGCACGACACUUCAGUCUCUCUGCUAUUGAUGAUUGCCAAUUAUUCAGAGCAAAACAAAAACAAAAGUACUUCUCUAGAGAGUGCAGCCUAAGGGAAACGCCUCAAAAAGAUGAAACGGUCUCCUCAUCCCCGCCUGUGCAAUUUGCCGUCGGUGAAUCAGUGUCACCUCUUAGGAUGUUGCCCCAUUUAAAGCAACCUCUUAGAUCAAGGUGCUACAGCUUAGGAUCGGAUAUUCCUCAAGUCCAACUUAGCGCACAAGCAAAAAUGAAUCUCGGAUUAAAAGAAUCCAGUCCGAAUAAUAUUACCGAGAAGACUAGCAGUUUCUGUAAUUGUGGAAGUCAAACUGAUCUCCUGUCUCUAGAUGAUCCUAUGAUCUCACCCGGAAAAGCAUUCCUGUACAAUACACAGAGCAGCACCUCAAUUUCUGACUGCAGCCAAACGGGGCGAGCAUCGCCCACUGCUUCUGUUAAUUCACAUAACUCUGAGGACCUCCAUGCUUACGUGAAAGAGAUGACAAAAGAAAUUGCAACAGAAAUUAAGUCUGAAAUCCGGGAAGUGAUAUCAAGAGUGGACGAUAUUUUAGAGAAUUCGGACAUGCUUGAGCAGUCUAAUAUGAGUAUAAACUCAAUUUCUAGUCAGAGCGACAAAAAUUCUAUAUCAGUCAUAGACGUAGCGGAAUAUUUGAUGGGAAUGUCACGGGAGAUGGCGUCUGAGGUUAAGCAUGAGAUUCGUGAGAUGGUUAGUCAGGUCGAUGAAAUAAUUUCCCCAGAAGGAUCGUGUUCAAGGAAAAGUUCUCCUCCCCAAACGGGGAGACAAAGAAUUGGUUCUGGACCUGAGUUAGGAUUGGAUUUGAAGAAAAACCAAUGUACUACUGUGUUAAGGAAGUGUCCUACUAGUCCAGUGUUGCCUUCUCAAUACAUUGAAGAAGAAGAUAGUCGAUAUUGCAAAAGAUCUCCAUCAACGCAAUCUCCAAAAUCGGCCCAGUGCACUCCAUUACAUGAAACAUCGGGCCCAAAUAGCAUCUCAUUCAAUUCCAGUGAAACCUCCACACCUGACACGAUAAUCCAGGUGGUGACUACGCAAAACUCUCCAAAUCUCCCAAAAUCUCUAAGCUCGAAUAAGCUGUCGGAUGAAGAGACGAGUUGCAAUGACGUCACUUGUAGACACUGUUGUAUUAAGAAAACGUGGUGCCAAAAUCCGUCAGUCAGUUCUCAGGACAGCGGGAUUAACAUGACAUUUGCUGAAACUGAUUCAUAUUUAGAUUUCGGAAAAUGGCGGACAUCGUCAGAUCCGACGACAAACAAGGCAAAGAAAUUGCAGGGUAGACUCCGAAUGUGCCAAAAGCAUGAGAAGACCGAAGUACCGGACAUCAUAGAAGGGGUACCGGUUUGUUCCGGAGACCACGCCAGACAAUCUAAGAGAUACAGCGAGGCAACAGUUGACUCCGGCAGAGUAGUGUUCCAGAUUCCCGAUGAUCAAGUUCGCCAGAAUAGGGUGGUAACAUCGCAGGCGGACUCCAAGCGAUCGAGCCGCUUGUCGAACGCAUCGUCCAGCUGCUCGGAACACAGCUCACGCUCCAGCGGCUACGGCACUGAUAUCUCAAGGCCUUCACUUGAUGAACAGUAUUAUGAUAGAAGUGAGUCGGAGUACCGCCUGUUCAAAGGCGAGUGCUGGGAGGAGGAGGCGGAUGACAGCAGCGCGUGCAGCGACACCUCACUGACGGACUACACCGUCGACGAUGACAGCAAGUGGCACUCGCUGCCCAAGGCCGUCUGGAAGGCUACUGUUGAGGCAAUUCACGAGUACAACAUGGUCCGCCCUGGUGACAAGGUCCUGGUCUGCCUCUCCGGUGGGAGGGAAUCCAUCGCCUUAUUGCAUGCCAUGCAUCAGUAUCAGUUCUACGCCAGGGCUAAAGGAAUACACUUCAGUAUUGGUGCACUUUUCGUGCACGAGCACAAUUCGGAGGUAGACCCACUUCACUUGAUGGCGUACUGCAGGACCCUCGGGGUGAAGCUCAUCUACCAGGACAAGUUGGAUGACGAGGAGAAAGAGUCACAGAGACGCAACAGCUCAACAUCAGCUAAGCUAUCGGAACUACAGCGCUGGUCGACACACGCGGUCCGUAGACGCGCCUACUGCGCAGCCGCGGCGCAUGGCUACGGAGUUGCGGCGGUCGCGCAGCACCUCGAUCACGCAGCGCGCGCGUUCAUCGCGUCGGCCUUCCAUGGCGGCGCGCUUGCCAGUAUCAAGGCACAUUAUCGUGUCAGAGAGCACAACAUCCGUAUCAUCCGGCCGUUCAUCUACGUGCGCGAGCGCAUGCUGGAGUCGUUCUGCCGGCAGCGGGCGCUACCCGAAUUCCGCGCGCAGUCGCCGCCGGCGAGCCCCGCGCACAGCGACGACAGCAAUGACAACAAAGAGCUGCACCUAGAGCGGUCAGUGUCGGAACCGUGCGGCGCAGCGCAGAAGGCGGCAGCGCGGCGCGCAUGCGCGGAGCCGUUGGAGCACGCGCGCUCCAUACUCAGCGGACACGAGAGAGAACACCCCUUCUUGUUUAACAGUCUCAAGAACGCGAUGCAACCGCUUAUUAGUGCCAGAAAUAUUGAGAAAGAUCUGAAAGAGAGCAGACACAGGAAGAAGUCAGUGAUUCAGAUGAAGGACGGGGCGCCGGUGUACGACUCAGAAGAGGGCACCGACGAAGAACCAGUGCCAUAGACAACUGUCAAACAACUCCCGCCAAAACUGACGCGUCAUAGAGUAUACACUUUAUUGUUCUUUACUAACUAGCCUGGGAACUAGUCCUUUAGGCCUAUCAAUAUUAUAACGAUAAGACCAAUUUGUGAUUAAACAGUGAUUGUUUUAUUAGUGAUCAAGAUAUUUAAAGGCAUGUUGAAUGUUCUCGUCUCCUAGUUACGUAGAUGUGAGUGUGGGAGUGUACUUUGUUUUUAAAGUUAAGAUGAGGGUUGCCAUAUUGAUAUUUUUGUUACAAAUGUGGUACGAUUACUUUUAUUUUGAGCUAGGUAUUUGGAUUGAAAACAAAGUGCAUUUGUUACAGUCUGGUAUUGAUUAUUACGUAAUGUUAAUUAUAUUUCAAUGUUGUCUGUAAAUGUAUGAGAAGUAUGUGUGUAAGAAGUUGGCUUAUUUAUUGUGACGUGUUUUAUUGUUCUGAUGAAUAAAACUAUGUAUUGUAAGCGUAUAACGCGCUCAAAUGUUAUGACAAGUAUAUUCAUCUCUUUAACGAUUAUUAUUAUUGAUGUGAAAGUCAAAUCACUAUUUUGAUGAAUUGUAUUUUGACAUUUAUGGUGUAACAUUUACAGUGAAACAUGUCCUAUUAUUAAUAUUGGAUUGAAAUAUUGGAUGUCGAAAAAAAUAUUUGUACAAAUAAAAUUAUACUCAUUGAACUAGAAAGCCAUUGAAAAAACUUGCUAUUGCUUACUUUGUUACUUUAUCUUUAUUAUUCUGUCGAGUAUUUUUUGACAACGAUUAUUUUGUGUUUAAAAUAUUAUGAAAAUGAGGGAAAAUAUUGAUGUGUAAAUGGCAACAUCAGCAUUCCGGUUCCAUUUUGGAAAUUCAAAAUAUCUAAAAUGGAACAUGUUUGGUGAUGUUAGACUGAUUAAAUGAAUAGGUUUGAUUUGAACAUAAACUCAUUUGUAUUUCUUUGCUAUAUUCUUUACUUACCUACCCAACUAAUCUAUCAAUAUAGGUAUUUUUUCAGCUUUUUAUGGUUUUAUUUCAUUUUCCUUCUUUUGCUAAAAUUAUAUUUCUAUAGUGAUUCUGUAAAAUGUUAGUGGUAAGAAUAUAAUUCCUGAAUAGUUAUAGUGAGAAGAGUAUUGAUAUUCAUGAAACAAAGUGUCCCAUUUGUUGCUUCCAUACUUGUAUUCAUAUACAUUUUGUCAUAUAAAAUAUAAUAAAAAUGUUUUACUGGAAA